CUGAUGUUCAUCAUGUUUUUACCACAUACAAGUCAAUGAUUGGAAAAAAAUUCCCACACCACUAUUCAUCGUAUUUAUAGUGAUGGUGAUGGUGAAUUCCAGAAAUUAUGUUCCUUCUUGCAAACUCAUGGUAUCACUCAUCUCUUAACCCCACCACAUACUCCCCAGCACAAUGGCCAUGCCGAGAGAAAACAUCGCCAUAUAGUCAAAACAGGCCGCACUCUACUCCAUACUGCUCAUCUUCCUCUAUAUUUCUGGUCUCAUGCGUUUCAAACAGCUGUCUAUCUUAUCAAUCGUCUCCCAUCUUCCAAUCUCCAUGAUGCUAACCCAUAUUUUUCUCUCUUCAACGAGUCGCCCAACUUACACAAGCUCCAAGUCUUUGGUUGUGCCUGCUAUCCAUGGCUACGUCCAUAUUCACCUCACAAAUUGUCCCCUCGUUCCCUUUAAUGCAUUUUUCUUGGGUACUCACUCACUCAAAGCGCUUACUACUGCUAUGAUCCUCUUCAUUGGAGACUCUUCACAUCACGUCAUGUCCAUUUUGAGGAGUCCAUCUUCCCUGGUAUUACUUCCCGUGCCAGCCCCACUUAUGACCCUCCUCAAUGGAUUGCAUCCACUACGCCACAUAUUACCGUUUUCUCAAUUCCUUCCCCAUCCACCUUCCAGCGAUCUCCUGUUCCGCAUGCGACUGCUCCUACUACACCUGCCACUCAUAGACAACUCCCUUCUCCUCAUCAUGCUGCAUCACCGGUGACUACUUCCUCACAACAAAUUCAGCCUCCACCGCCACCGGUCAAGUCCUCUCACCGCCCUGUCACCCGCAAUCAGCAUGGUAAUUUUCCCCCCAAGAAACUCUUUAUUUCACAGGUUGAGUCUAUUGAUAUUGAUCCCACCAUGUUGAAGCAUGCUCUCGCUGAUCCGCGGUGGCGUGCCGCGAUGACGACCGAGUUUUAGGCCUUACUCUCCAACAACACGUGGACAUUGGUUCCGCAUCCCAUUAGUCUAAACAUUGUCUGCUCUCGUUGGCUUUUUCGUAUCAAACGUAACCCGGAUGGCUCUGUUGAUCGCUUCAAAGCCCGGAUUGUUGCCAAAGGCUUCACUCAAUGGUCGGGUGUUGACUUCCAUGAGCCAUAUAGUCCGGUGUUGACACUAGUCACCAUCUGCACCGUCUUCACCAUUGCUCUCUUUCACUAGUGGCCGAUUUUUCAAUUUGAUGUUAACAAUGCUUUCAUACAGGGUUCUUCACAGGAAACAGUAUAUAUGUCUCAGCCUCCUGGCUUUCGUGAUCUCGAUCAUCCUAUUCAUGUAUGCCGCCUAUCUCAGGCGAUUUAUGUUCUUCGUCAGGCUCCUCGUUCCUGGUAUUUGGCCUUGUCCGGUUUUCUUGAACAAGAGAGAUUUGUCAAAUCCAAAUAUGAUGCUUCCUUGUUAAUCUAUCAUCAUGGGGGCGUCACACUCUACUUCCUUGUCUACGUUGGUGAUCUCCUGUUGACGGGUAAUGACAGCUCCGCUCUGGUUCAGUUUCAAGCUCGUCUUGCUGCUCGGUUCUCUCUCAAGAGGCUCGGCUCUGUCAACUACUUCUUGGGGAUUGAGGUGCUCUCCACGACUUCUGGUUUUCUACAGUCUCAACACAAGUAUGUGCUUGACUUACUCCAUCGCUUCGACAUGCAUGAUUCCCAACUAGCGCCGACUCUACUCUCCUCCACGACCCGGAUUUGUCUUUCCGACAACUCUCCUCGGGGGAAGGCCCUGUCGUCUUUCUUAUUAAAGACAGGCUGCUCCGGCGGUCUGGCAUUUGUGCUUUCUUUCUCCUGGAGAGGAAUUCUAUUUUCCGAUUACGCAUGGUGGAUGGACAAUACUAAUAGCCAUGGGUGGACUUCCAUCUUUGGAAGCAGCAGCCGUGGCGGAAAUUCCGUGGACUCUUCCCAGGGGAGCAUCAAUCAACCGUUUCCCGACUCUCGGAGCCUGUCUGUGGACCAGAUGGAGUUCAAUCUGGGCAGCGACUUCGGGUGGGAGAACAGCAUGUAAAAAAGGCAUAUUCCACGCUCCAUUGAAAAAACCAUAUCGUCCACCAUGAAGUCUAGUGCUUACUCUUAUAGUCCUAUGGCAAGGUCAGCUAGUAGAGGCCCGUCGAAAAGCCACCGAUCUCUCCAAAAUCGCACUUGCUUCCCAUUUCCGACCGUGCACAUGAUCGCUUCCGGGAUAUUAUGUAGUACUCGUAGGACCCCCUUCCACAGAUUCGAUAAUCUACCCGAGGUAGAAGGGUAAAAUAUGCUUAGAGGCGGGACCCCGAGGGGGCGAGGUAGGAGGUUCAAGUCAUGGAGUAGAGGAAGGACUCGAUGUGAGGUGAGUUGACUGUAGGGCGCUGCUUGAUGCAAUUAGGUCAACUACGUUUAGUGAAGCGGAAGCUGAAGUUGGAUAUGAUAACCAAGCUUUGGUUCUCUUCAAUAUCUCCUCUAGACACGUCGUGACAUCGUUUGCCGUCAACAAAUUAUCCCAGUUCAUGCAUGCUCCAACGACUCUCCACUGGUAGCACGUCAAACGUCUAUUCCGCUAUCUGAAGGGCACCUCCAGUGGCGGAGCCAGCUUAUAACAAGGUGGGUCCUGCGACCCACCUUGGCUCAAGAUUGUAGUGUUUGUAAAAUCGUAUUGUAUAGGUGGUUCGAUCGAGAAAACCUUCUAUUGGAUUUUAAAUCUUAGACGGUUUUUUUAGUAUUAUGAAACAGUUGAAUCACGAUUAAACCAUGGUUUCAAUAUAAAUAUCAUAUUAUU